CAACUCCCAGAGAUCUAAAGGCUAGAGGCACAGAUACACAGGUAUAAAAGAACCACAGACUAAACCCAGUCUCAUACAGAGACCAAGACAUGAUGAAGCUGCUACUGCUGGCCUUGGCUUUGGGAUGUGCAGCGGAGGUUCCAGUGAAGGAGGAUGGAGCGUUGUUGCAGGAAGUUUGCCAACCCCACUCCAGACCCUGGCAGGUCUACCUGUGGAACACUAAGGUGGGCUGGUAUGGGGAGGAAAGGUGUAGUGGUGCCCUCAUCAACGAGUGGUGGGUGCUUACCGCCUGGAACUGCUUUGUCGAACCUGGCCACACUAUGGUUUCUCUGGGGGAGCAUGACCUGACAGUGGAGGAAGGGACAGAGCAACACAUCUGGGUGGCCAGAUAUGUGCAGCACGGGCCGUACGCACGAGGCCCCUCACACAGCCUGGCAAUGGUGAAGCUGGCAGAGCCUGCCCGGUUCACUCAGCAUGUCAUGCCCGUAGCCCUACCCACACGCUGCACUCAGCUCCAUGAGAAGUGUUUGGUCAGCGGCUGGGGCUCCACCGUACCGGGACAGGACGAGCCCAAACUAAUCCUGAAGUGUGAAACACAGCGGGUCAUUGAUGACAAGAUGUGCCAGACAUCCUUUCCUCUUUAUUGGAUUGAACAUGCAUUCUGUGCUAAAACCAUCAUCUCAACAGACAACUGCCUGUCUGACCAGGGCAGUACUGUGGUGUGUGGGGGUGAGCUACAGGGGUUGUUCUGGUCCAGUUCUUCUGACGUUGGUUUGUACACCCGCCUGUGCCUGUACCUUGACUGGAUGAGUGACAUCAUGAACACCCCUGAUCCUACACCUGAACCUGCGUGGACCACCGCAGCAGCAGCUACAACAUGGUGAUUGAAAAGAAAAACAAUAAAGUGAUAUGUACUGAAAUGUUCUGUU